AUGGAUACCGGCGGGGAGAGGCCAGAGGUGGAGAAAGAGGAUAGUAAGAUGAAACGAAGACCCUCGGAGAACUUGCCCGGUUCCACUUAUUUUUUCUUCAGAAAGACAACUUUUCCGUUUCCAGGCGAGCCUGGGCAGCGGGCGGGCAGGCGGGCGGGCGAAGUGUCUAAUUUCCCUUUUACUUCUAAGAUGGCCACUGAUUUUCUUUCUUUCUUUCUUUCUUUCUUUCUUUCUUUCUUUCAUUUUCUUUCUUUCUUUAUUUCAUUCAUUCAUUUUCUUUCUUUCUUUCUUUAUUUAUUUUAUUUCUCCUUUCUUUCUUUCUUUCUUUCUUUCUUUCAUUCAUUUUCUUUCUUUCUUUUUUCUUUCUUUCUUUAUUUUAUUCCUCCUUCCUUCCUUCCUUCCUUCCUUUCUUUCUUUCUUUCUUUCUUUCUUUCUUUAUUUCAUUCAUUCAUUUUCUUUCUUUCUUUCUUUCUUUCUUUCUUUAUUUUAUUUCUCCUUUCUUUCUUUCUUUCUUUCUUUCUUUCUUUCUUUCUUUCUUUCUUUCUUUCUUUCUUUCUUUCUUUCUUUCUUCCUUCCUUCCUUCCUUCCUUCCUUCCUUUAUUUAUUUAUUUCUUUAUUUCUCCUUCCUUUCUUUCUUUCUUUUAUUUCUCCUUCAUUCCUCUCUUUCUUUCUUUCUUUAUUUAUUUAUUUUAUUUCUCCUUUCUUUCUUUCUUUCUUUCUUUCUUUCUUCAUCUUUCUUUCUUUCUUUCUUUCUUUCUUUCUUUCUUUCUUUCUUUCUUUCUUUCUUCACGUUUCUUUCUUUCUUUUCUUUUUCUUUCUUUUCUUUUUUCUUUCUUUCUUUUCCUUUCUUUCUUUCUUUCUUUCUUUCUUUCUUUCUUUCUUUCUUCAGAGAGCAAUAUCUUUUUUAAAAUGUUGUUCUUCCUUUUAACGUUCGUUUCUAUUUUCUCAUCCAUUCGUUAUCCUCUUAUUUUUCUUAAUUUCCUGAACAAUUCUGCCUCUGCUUUAAAGAGGCUUAAAAAUAUUUGCUUAUAUUGGCGCGAAGCCACUACCACGACCAUUACUGAUACUCUAAGUGGUCACCCAUCUAAAGACUGGUCACUUUCGUUUAUCCUUAAAACCGGAACUCUCUUUAAUUAUUCAUUUUUAAUCAUUCUAGCACAAGGCGCACUUAUUUACAAUAAGUUGCUAAACGGUCACCUAUAUUAA